GAAAAAACUAAAUCAAGGAAGAGAUUCUGCAGCUCCAGUUUGGCACGUUUUUGGGGGGGGUUCUCAAACCGAGGACAUAGACGGGAAAAUAAACACAAAAUUGGCCACAUUUGAACUGUUUGCUUGCCCUGUAGGAAGUAUAUGAGAGAGCAGUCAUGGAGUCGGCCAUUCAGACUAUAGUUGGUGUCUUCCUGAAGUCAGCCAAGGGGAAGGAGAGUUUGGGAGGGAAUGACUUCCAGAAGCUGGUGAAGAGCCAACUCCACAACAUCAUGAUGGACACGGACAGCUCCGAGGCGGUGAAGAAAAUGCGACAGGGCCUGGACUCCAACCAGGACGGUAAAGUCAACUUCGAGGAGUACAUGGACCUGGUGGGCUACCUGGCAACCUCCCUGAGUGUGCAAUGUACUGCCGCCGUGGAGACGCCAGCCGAGAGCGCUGCCACCACACCGGAGAUCGGGAGUACGCCAGCAGACGUAGAGGAAGAGAAGAUAGAAGCGGAGGCACAGCCAGAGGCAGCCACAGCUGUAGAGGAAGAGAAGGUUGAAGUCGUAGAAAAGGUGGAAGAUGCGGAAAAUGUGGAGGAGCCAGCAGCAGCCGGGGAGAAGAUAGAGGAGGCGUCAUAGGAGUUUACUACCGGUCCUGUCCGGACAUUACAAUUACACACCAACACCAAACUGAUAUACACCACAUUACCCUAAUACACACUACAGUACACUAUUACAACCCACCCUUGAAACAGGUGUGCUGCAAUAAUACCACAACAUUACAGUAUAUGUUGGAACCCCACAAUAACACAUUUAUUUUCAUAAACACAUACAUACACCCAGUAUUUGGUCCUAAAAUACACUAGUACACACUGCAACAUACUAUAAACCUCAAUCCAUACUUUCUUGAUAUACAGUAUACUUAGUAUUACUAACAUACAUUACACUAUAAUUACUUACAUUACAGCAGUACAUGCCAUUAUAUGUUGAUAUACUUCCCACUAUAUAGCACACUAUAGCUCAUUAUAUGAAUAUUUAAUACAUUCUGCCAUUGAUUGACAUGUGACAUUUUGACACACCCUCUGAAAUGUUGGCACAUUUCCACACAUGGAGAACUCAAUGACCUUGACAUACACUGACACACAUGCCACUAUGUGUGUCAUUGUAUGAUGCAAUACUAAAUUGAGUUAUAUUUGCAUUCCUUCGCUCUCCCUUUGCAUAUCUACAAUGACGUAAUGCAAAACUAUACUACAGUACAUUCCACAAUGUACAGUCAAGUCAGGCCAUCUCAACUCGUUCUUCUGAGAAGGAUGCUUGGCUUAAUGGCUUUGCAUGAUGCAAGUAAGCACAGAUGCAUGGAUGCAUGCUAUAUUCUACACAGCAAAUUCUCUAGUGUUAAAUCAACACUGACAGUGUUACAUUUAACACAGGUCCAGUGUCUAUACGGUCCACACUGUCAGUGUUCAAUUAACACACUGCUUAGUGUAAAGCCUUAUUUGCAUAUUUCCCAGAGUUCCUUGCCUUUCAAGUGAAGUGCAGAGUUACCACCCAUGACAGUAUUUGUUCCUGACAGAAACAUGGUUGUUGCAUUCAUCAGUUUUAAGUCCUGUGGCCUUCACCAAGUGAAUUCCUAAGUGAAUAUGUUCUCAUUAAAAUUUAAUUAUUUAACAAAAUACAACAUGUAUUUCACAAGGCCUUAGUUUUACCCUAAUACAGUAACCUGAAACUCAUGGUUUACAGGCCACAUCAGGCCUGCAAGCAACAUUAUACUUGCUUGGGGAUAUCAAACAUUUGGGAUUUUUAAUCAACCACAACUUUAAUUCAGAUUGACUGCCGGGUUGAGAAGAUUAAGAUAUGAGACUACCUAAACCAUCUUUUUUUAUUCCCUUUUCUCCCCAAUUUCGUGGUAUCCAAUUGGUAGUUACAAUCUUGUCCCAUCGCUGCAACUCCCGUACGGACUCGGGAGAGGCGAAGGUCGAGAGCCGUGUGUCCUCCAAAGCACAACCCAGCCAAGCCGCACUGCUUCUUGACACAAUGCCCGCUCAACCCAGAAGCCAGCCACACCAAUGUGUAAGAGGAAAUGCCGUACACCUGGCAACUGUGUCAGUGUACACUGCGCCCAGCCCACCACAGGAGUCGCCAGUGGACAAUGGGACAAACGGCCAAUUGUGCACCACCCCAUGGGUCUCCCGGUCACAGCCAGAGCCUGGUCUCGAACCAGGAUCUCUAGUGGCAGUGCCUUAGACCACUGUGCCACUCGGGAGGCCCGACCUAAACCAUCUUAACUGGAACAACCAUUUCAGUAACAGAUGCGAGAGUCCCAAGUAACAGAUUGGAUUACAUGCAAAAAACAUAUACAGUACCAGUCAAAAGUUUGAACACACCUACUCAUUCAAGGGUUUUUCUUGAUUUGUACUAUUUUCUACAUUGUUGAAUAAUAGUGAAUGCAUCAAAACUAUGAAAUAACACAUAUGGAAUCAUGUAGUAACCAAAAAAAGUGUUAAACAAAUCUAAAUGUAUGUUAUAUUUUAGAUUCUUCAAAGUAGCCACCCUUGGCCUUGAUGACAGUUUUAGACACUCUUGACAUUCUCUCAACCAGCUUCAUGAGGUAGUCACCUGGAAUGCUUUCCCAACGGUCUUGAAGGAGUCCCAACAUAUGCUGAACACUUGUUGGCUGCUUCUCCUUCACUCUGCGGUCCAACUCAUCCCAAACCAUCUCAAUUGGGUUGAUGUCAGGGGAUUGUGGAGGCCGGGUCAUCUGAUGCAGCACUGCAUCACUCUCCUUCUUGGUAUAUAGCCCUUACACAGCCUGUUGAAAAACAAAUGAUAGUCCCAACUAAGCACAUACUAGAUGGGAUGGCGUAUCGUUGCAGAAUGCUGUGGUAGCCAUGCUGGUUCAGUGUGCCUUGAAUCCUAAAUAAAUCACUGGCAGUGUCACCAGAAAAGCACCAUCACACCUCCUCCUCCAUGCUUCACAGUGGGAACUACACAUACAGAGAUCAUCAAUUCACCUACUCUGCGUCUUACAAAGACACGGUGGUUGGAACCAAAAGUCUCAAAUUUUGACUAAUCCGACCAAAGGACAGAUUUCCACAGAUCUAAUGUCCAUUGCUCAUGUUUCUUGGCCCAAGCAAGUCUCUUCUUAUUAUUGGUGUCCUUUAGUAGUGGUUUCUUUGCAGCAAUUUGGCCAUGAAGGCCUGAUUCACAGUCUCCUCUGAACAGUUGAUUUUGAGACGUGUCUGUUACUUGAACUCUGUGAAGCAUUUAUUUGAGCUGCAAUCUGAGGUGCAGUUAACUCUAAUGCACUUAUCCUCUGCAGCAGAGGUAACUCUGGGUCUUCCUUUCCUGUGGUAGUCCUCAUGAGAGCCAGUUUCAUCAUAGCGCUUGAUGGUUUUGCGAUUGCACUUGAAUAAACUCAAAGUUCUUGACAUUUUCUGGAUUGACUGACCUUCAUGUCUUAAAGUAAUGAUGGACUGAUUUCUCUUUGCUUAUUUCUGCUGUUUUUGCCAUUAUAUAGAUUGGUCUUUUACCAAAUAGGGCUAUCUUCUGUAUACCACCCCUACCUUGUCACAACACAAAUUAUUGGCUCAAACGUAUUAAGAAAGAAAGAAAUUCCACAUAUUGACUUUAAACAAGGCACACCUGUUAAUUGAAAUGCAUUCCAAGUGACUACCUCAUGAAGCUGGCUGAGAGAAUACCAAGACUGUGCAAAGCUGUCAUCAAGGUAAAGGGUUGCUACUUUGAAGAAUCUCACAUAUAAAAUAUGUUUUGAUUUGUUUAAAACUUUUUUGCUUACUACGUGAUUCCAUAUGUGUUAUUUCAAAUUAAAAAUAGUAAAAAUCUAGAAAAACCCUUGAAUGAGUAGGUGUUUCCAAACUUUUUACUGGUACUGUUUAUUGAAACAAUUCUAAAACUCUACCUGCAAUAGAGCAUGCUGGGAAAUAUGACAAUGAUGUGCUUGGUUUCAGUUUAACACUGGUUAUUAAAACCAACACUGGGAUUCUUGUACACCAAUGAGUGUUGAUGUAACACUUACAGAGUGAAUUUGUAAGUUCUCUCUCUCUCUCUCUCUCUCUCUCUGUGUGUUCUCUUCCAUUGCAACUCUGUCAUUGAAAUGAAGCUCUGGCAUGUCAUGACAAUAAACAAAUUGUGUUGCUGGGGUUCUUACUUAGUUCAGACUAGUCUUUCUCUGUGUUUGCUUUGUCUAUCUCAUUUUCUGGAAGAUCCAAGCAGGGCAGCAUCCACAGUUUAUGGACUCCUCCGCUACUAGCUAGCCAAUAGCCAUGGAUUUGGAGCUGGAAGAUCAGGUGUGGUGUGUCCUAAUAAUGGCCUUCUAGUAAAUAAUUAAGGGGCCCAGGAUGGAAUUAACACCAGGGGACCCUUGUGGCCCCAAGGGAGCCCGAAAUAGCCCUCAUGCAGCAAGCCACUGACCCUGGAAGGCCCCUAGGGGCCCUUGAGAUUGGGCCCAAGCCGUUUCUCCAUGCAACCCAAUCCACCGGAACCAGAACCAGGAAGAAAGGAAGGAAAAAACAUGCCCAAACGUUAAGAAAAGAGGCUCUUAUAGCCUAUUGGAGACAUCACACCUGACAACAGAAACUUGACCCUUGUUUAGGUAUUGUGCAGGUAUUUUUUUCUACACUCUUAGAAUUUAUUUUGCUAUGUAUAACCUAAAAGGGUUCUUCAGUUGUCCCUAUUGACGGUUGUCCAUGUAGAACCCUUUCCACAGAGGGCCAAAAGGGUUCGACCUGGAACCAAUAAGGAUACUACUAUGGGGGCAGCUGAAGUACCCUUUUGGAAUCUUUUUUUGUUGUUGUAUAUUUUUGUUGUUUUUGUUUUCUUCCUGGUUCUGCUACCAUCAGGUUUGCUGCGUUACCUGGUCACACCCCUGUUCUCUGUGUUGAGAAACCCUGUUUGACCUGCAACUAUUUUCCCAGUGCUUAAAACCAUUGACUUAGCCAUGGCUUAAUACCGUUGCCUUAACCAUAGUGGCCA